AUGUUUCCUCAAGACCCAGAGUCGUUCAACCACAAAUGGGCAUACAUCAAUGGAAUCAGAAUGCACUAUGUUGAAGAGGGCCCUGCCGAUGGCCCCUUAAUCGUAUUGAGUCACGGUUACCCUGAUUUCUGGUACGGCUGGAGAAACCAGAUACCUUACUUGGCUGCCAAAGGAUAUCAUGUUAUAUGCCCAGAUCAACGUGGGUUUGGACAGAGUUACGGCCCAUACGUCGCUCCAGGCGACACAGAGAAUUUAAAACAAUAUGGAUGGAAGAACAUCACCAAGGAUCUUGCUGAUCUUUUGACUUACGUGAGCGGAUCCAGCACUAGCAAGGCAAUCUUCCUUGGACAUGACUGGGGCGGAAUUGUUGUUUGGAGAAUGGCCGGCUGGUAUCCAGAGCGUGUAAGAGCUGUCGCUGCCGUCUGUACCCCAUAUGAUCCUCCGAAGACCAAGUGGUUCUGUGAGCCACAGACAGACACGGAUCUGCUACAGAAUGCAGAACUAUACUUUAAAAUGAUGCUUCGAGGUCGUAAAGAUGGACACGCCCGGCUGUUUGCUACAGAGCACAUGAAAGGUCUUGAUCCCAAGACAUAUCCACUUGGCAGCAUUGUGACACAAAAGGACAUUGACUACUAUGUCUUGAACUACAAAAGAUCUGGAUUCCAUGCUCCGUUGAACUGGUAUCGAACUCGAGAAAUUAACUACAAGGAUGAGCUCGUCUUGCCUAAAAAUCUCGAUUUGGAGUGCCUCAUGGUAAUUGCUACUCAGGACCCGGCUCUACCACCAUCUAUGGCUAAGAACAUGAGCAAAUAUGUCAAAAACUGUACCUACAAGACAGUAGAAGCUGCACAUUGGAUGGGCGCUGAGCAACCAGCUCAAUUGAACGCCAUCUUGGGCGAAUGGUUGGACGUUAUCAAAACAAAAGUUCCGCUGAAACAAACAGGAUCACAUCUUUAA